AUGUCUCAAGUUAAGCAGGCCUACUACACUCAGCUUCAACCGCUUCCUGCCAUGGAUCUGGAAUACAACGACCACCUCCACUACAACCCGUUGAAUUUGCUGCAUUUUCAACUGGGGCCAAUUUCGGCCCCCGCCGCCCCUUCUUCCGGCGACGAUUAUUUCACUUUCGUGGUGCCUCACAAUGACAAUCUAGUUGCUGGUGACUAUACCUUGUCUUCUCAACAUGAGCAUACCGAUGCUGGUUCACUGUACGCUCAACAGAAUCUGCAGCUUCGCUUCAAUCAAUGGAAGCCACAGCCGGGGAGUUCUACCCCCAAACGUGGUGGCCAUUUCGGAAGUAGACAGAGAACCUUCUCCGACAAGAAGGCUCGCUCAAAAUCAAGACUUUCCAACGCCAUCACCCACGAAGCUGAAGACUCAAGAGUUAUCAGUGACCUGCCUCCCAUUUUGGCUCCAUCCUCGGAAGCUUCCAACCGGAAACCCGACUUUGCCAAGAGCAACGGAACUUCAUCGCUCAAGAAGAAGAACCCUGGCUUCCACAUUGCGCUAGAUAACUUACAAGGCCCAAAUGUGGUCGCUCGCAUGAAAGACCAGAACCUUGUCAGUUCUGUUGGCUCUGAAUCUAGGCUUGAUUUGCCUCAUCAAAGCAUGAAGAUCUCCGACCCCGAUGUUCUCUUCCAUCAAAACGGUGUUGAGUGGGAUAGUGGACAAGAGAAUGUCACCCCUCUAAUGAACCCUCCUAACACCAGUGACUUGGGCUAUUUUGGCUCUUACGACGGUCAGUUAGCUGACCAUGACGCUAGUUUCAACGUCUCGGAUGGCGGUAUGCCCGCAGGCUACCUUUCUCUUCCGAAGGACGUCGAACGCUCCAGUGUUGCUAGAAGUGACGAUAACAGCACUGAUUUUGACGAUUUUGCAAACGUUAACUUUGACAGUUUUGUCCCUGUACCUGAGUCUUUUGAAGAGUACAAUCAUAGCAUUCCUAAUUUUGAGAACAAUUACCUUGAGAACUCGUUUGGGCACAACGUGGGCCAUCACCACACUCAACAUCAUGCUCAUGUUGACCAUGCUGCCAAUCAUCAGUACGAUCAUCAUGAGUAUCCAACUCACACCCAUUCUCAUUCUCAGCACCUACCUCACACUCACGUCCAACAACAUCAGCCACUUGCUAACCAUCAUCCUCACCAACAUCUGCAUCAACACCAGCAUCCGCACCAGCAUACCCAUGAGUAUGCACACGCUUCCCACAACCAUAGCCAACAAGAUCUCCACAGUGGUAUAGCAACUAAUCAAAGUCAUACUCAUAUGGUGCCUAUGAGCUAUCGCGAGCAGUUUGGACAGACGAAUGACUCCCCAACCCCUACUACGCACAGUCUAUUCGUCAAUCGUCCUGUUUUAGAAAGGUCGCAAUCCGCACAGAGUGCAAUUACUCCAGUUGUCAAGACUGAAGUGAAGAAGAAGAAGAAGUCUAGCAGGGUUGUGAUCUGCCCUAUCUGCGAUAAGCAUAUCAGCAGAGAUUUUACCAGACAUUCAAGAAUCCAUAAUGAGAUUGGUCGUUUCCAAUGCGUCUUUCCCAGAAGUACUUGCUCGCACAAAUCAGGUAAGUUCAACAGACCUUACGACUACAAAAAGCACUUGCUUAACGUUCAUUUCACAUUCGAUGAUCCUAAGGCUCGUUUAGCGCCUAAUUUAAAGGAGAAGCUCUUAGUCCGUGGUCAUUGUAAUUCCUGUGGCCAACAUUUCACAGGAAAUGACUGGCUUGAUGAGCAUGUUCUUAACACAGACCGGAGCAAGCGUUGCCCCAAACUACAAGUUGAUUCUGAAUUCGAUGAAGGAGACUUCCAUUCAGGGGAGAACGGCGAGGACGACCAAGCCAACAUGGCUGAUUUCCUCAAAGAAGACUACCUGGAGUGA